AUGGCCAGACUGACGUCCAACUUUACACCUUCUCAACUGAGCGCUGUGCACAAAGUCGAUACCAUGGCGGAUAUUGUGGCUAGUUGCCGCCAAAAUUUCAAUGGACUUUCAGCAUGCUACGCCGGAGUCAGCUUUAACGAUGUCUCGAUAUCUCACUUUCAAUCCAAUCCUCUCAAUUAUACAAUUGUGGCUGAUGCAGGAUUGAUCCACAUCGAUGUUGAACAUCACACCGGAGACAUUGAGAACCGUAUUCUACCUCUUCAGUGGGCAAUUGACAAGGCAAUCAUCGAGCUCAGGACCGAUCAAACACAACAGACGCCUCUUCAAUGGCCGUACACCAUGCAAUCUAAUAAGGACCAAACAAGGCUUAUUCGGCUUAGUUAUACUAGAGGGAUCCGGGAAAUAAUUGUGCUAGCUUUCUUUCUUGCGUUCUCUGCCAUCUCGUACCAAAUUCCGGGUUCUGUAGCAAAUGAACGUGCCUUACUUAUUACCGGGCACAUGAAGGCAAUGGGACUCUAUGACUCCGCACGAAUACUUUCAUGGCACGUCGGUAUCUCGAUCACCUACCUUCCUGGCUGGAUUAUCGUCGGAUUAUUGUGGAAGUUCCGGAUCUUCGUCGAAACAAGCGCCUUUUUAAUCGUGUUUGUACACGUCCUUCUUGGGCUAGUUUUAGCAAGCUGGUCGCUCUUCGUAGCAGCGCCGUUUGGGACAAGUCCGCAGCUCGCCGCUGUUGUGACCACCUUCUUGAGCGUUGCCGUCGCGGUGAUUGGCCAAACGCUCAACACCGCUCGACCAUUGGUUACUAUACUAUACUCCGCUUUGUUCCCUCCUUCCUUCUACAUUUUUGCUAUGAAAGCCAUUUGUGGGUACGAAAAUAACCAGCUCGCAACCAAUCCAUUUAAGGGCGAUCCGGACAGGAAUAUCACUCUUUUCCCAUUCAUUUUUGUCGCGAUUCUCAAUAUAUUCGUUUGGCCGUGCCUCGCCGUCCGCCUUGAAAGGAAGCUGUACGAGACAAUAUCCCCUAAAACAACUGCAAAAAAGCAAGAGGAUGGAUUGGAUUAUAUACCUCCCAACGUCGCUAUAUCCAUUCGCAAUUUGACCAAGGUUUACUCCUCGUCUGUUUUUGCGUCCACGGGGGAUGUCACUGCAGUUUCAAACCUCAGUCUGGACAUUCCCAAGACCGGAAUAUUUGUACUGCUAGGGUCAAAUGGCGCUGGCAAGUCGACGACGUUAUCCAUCCUGGCCGGACUCUCCAGCAUCACAGAAGGAACGGUGACCUUUGAAGGCGGGUUCAAACGGCCUCCUCGCGGUACCAUGGGAAUUGUUCCUCAGAAAAACGUGCUCUUCGAUGAGUUGACGUGUUUGCAGACACUAGAGGUGUGGAGAGCAGUCAAGUGGUCUCACAACACGGACGAACACGAAGACCUGGAACAACUGUUGAUCGACUGCGAUUUGGAGAAGAAAAUCCAUGCCAAUGCGGCGACCCUGUCUGGCGGUCAGAAACGCAAGCUUCAGCUUGCUAUUGGGCUUCUUGGUGGAUCUAAAGUGGUCCUUGUGGACGAAUGCACGUCUGGAGUUGACCCCCUGAGCCGUCGAGCUCUGUGGAAAAUCCUCACGGCAUUCCACGAAGAUCGGAGUAUCGUGUUUACAACCCAUUUUCUUGAUGAAGCCGACUUACUGGCGGAUCAAAUUGCCAUACUUGCAGCUCCAGGAAAGGUCGUUGCAUCGGGGACGCCAGUUUCAUUAAAACGCGAUUUUGGCGAUGGAUACUCGGUGCAGGUCUCAUUCAAAUCGCAGAUGAGUCCUUUGGUUUCGGAAUUUGAAUUACUGGAGGGCAUCAAACAAAUCUGUCCUCAAACUUACAUCACAUCGCCAUCUUCCUCGCAAAAAUGUUACCACCUCAGAACGAGAGAUAAUACAUUGAUAGGUCAAGUGCUCGAAUUCCUGGAUACCCAUGUGAACAACAGACAGAUAGAAUCAUACGAUCUUCUGGGAACCACGAUUGAAGACGUUUUCUUGGAUGUCAUGAGCGAAAACGAUGCAAACAAGAAAGGUUCAUUCGACGGAACUACAUCAUCGAUAUAUGCCCCAGAAGAUCUCUCACCCGACACUCCUCUUCUCGAAAAACUUCCAGGCGGUAUCGGUUUAACGAAUGGAAGGUCGGUUUCACCAUUCCGACAGGCAUUCACAGUUUUUCAUAAACGCGCAUUAAUCGCGAAGCGGGCUUGGAUGACACCUUUCCUAGCCAUCUUUAUCACAGUCAUAGGCGCAUGUGUCCCGCUCACAUUCAUCAAAGGGAAAGACCAAUCGUGUACCGUACCAUCAAAGGAUGUCACAUCGAUCCCUCUCUACUUGCCAAAAUCGACUCCGCUUCUUAGUGCUACACUUCCCACACCCGCCCGUGUUGUUUCGUCGCCGCCUAACAUCAUCGAAUCUCUGGGGCAAAUGCCCCUCUUCAUGUUGGAUAUCAUUAAUGUCCCGGACAACGCGUCUUUUGUUGGGAUGAUCACCAGCAAUCAUACAAAUAUCACAUCGGGUGGUGUUUCCGUAGACCAGGCAACCGGGGCAUCGUUGGUAGCUUGGGAAGCCACUUCGCCUGGCAUUCGAGGGCCAUCCAUGUUGAAUCUAGCAACAAAUGUUUUGUUCAACCGUGCCCGAAAGUUGACGGGCAGUGCGAAUGCGGUUCCAAAUAAUAUCUAUGCCAACUAUGCGACUUUCCCGAAGGUUGCUGCUGCCACUCUGGUUUACUUGAAAUGGAUAUUCUUCUUUGGUGCUGUCAUGGCCGUAUAUCCUGCAUUUUUUGCACUCUAUGUAUCGAAAGAACGCCGCUCGUCUGUACAAGCGAUGCAACUUUCAAAUGGUCUUACGAAUCCCGUUGGGAUGUGGUUAGGACAUCUCAUGUUCGAUCUCAUUGCAGCUGUGCUCCUUUCCACUAUAAUUAUCAUAGUUUUUGCGUCUUUUUCUGAGCAAUUUCAUGGUCUUGGACUAUUGUGGGUCGUUUUCCUGCUGUACGGGAUCAGUGGCACCCUGUUCGCAUAUGCACUGUCCUUGAUGGUUGAUUCGGCCCUUGCAGCAUUUGCUAUUGUAGCAUGUUAUCAGUUUAUCACUUUUGUGCUUUAUUUGUCCUCAUACCUCGCCGUGUUUACCUUUGGAAAAAUCACAGAGUCAACCCGUCUGAUCACCAUCAUCCACUUUACUAUAUCAAUUGUGUCUCCAGUCACAAGUGUAGUAUUCUCUACAAAUUUAUUCUCCCUUCUAUGUGAUUCCGGAACGCAGAAUGUUACUACAGCUUCAUUGUUUUCUAUCACACGAUUUGGCGGGCCGAUUCUCUAUCUAAUAAUAUACGCCUUUGUUUCGCUCGGCGUUCUGAUAUAUGUCGAUUCAGGCUCAAAGGUCCGCCACUCAAGACAUAGGAAGAAGUACCUUUUAGGUACUGGUUCCGACACGCUCCCUGGCGCAGACGUUGUUGCGGCUGCAGAAGCGGUUGCAACGUCUGACGACCUCCUCCGUGUCAUCAACCUGUCCAAAUCGUACCAUGGCAAACGAGUGACGGACGAUGUCAGCUUGGGUGUCCCAAGAGACUCUAUCUUUGCACUUUUGGGUCCUAAUGGAGCUGGAAAGACGACCACAUUCAACAUAAUCCGCGGCGAUGUCUACCCAGAUUGCGGGGAUGUUAUUAUUAACGGAGCCUCAAUUGUCAGCGAUCCACGUGGUGCUCGGGCUUCAUUGGGUGUCUGCCCACAGUUUACCGCCAUCGACUCUCAGCUUACUGUACGGGAGCAUCUUAUGAUAUAUGGGCGCUUCAAGGGCCUAAAGAGGGGAGCGGAGCUCAAUCAUAAUAUCAACAUGAUUCUGAAAUCCACUUCCCUGACCAUCUACUCUGAUAGGCUCGCAAGCAAUCUGUCAGGAGGAAAUCAGAGAAAAUUGGCGCUCGCCAUUGCGCUAAUGGGAAACCCCUCUGUCAUUCUCAUCGAUGAAUUUUCAACAGGAGUGGAUCCAAAAAUGAAACGUGAUAUGUGGAAUACGUUGCGAAGGGUGUCAAUAGGCAAAGCCAUUAUCAUCACAACUCACUCCAUGGAGGAAGCAUCUGCGCUGGCCAAUACCGUUGGGAUAUUGGCUAAGCGAAUGCUGGCUAUCGGUACAAUUGAAGACUUAGCCAGUCGUUAUGGAGCUUACGAAGUCCACUUCUCGUGCCGAUCACGACAGGACGUUAUUAGAGCUCGUCAGAUGAUGUCGCGCAUUCCUGGAUCCAAAAAGUCCAACGACGUUGCUACUCGAUUCGAAGUUCCCGUCAAUGGGGAAUUCUCACUGGCACAACUAUUCACCAUUCUGGCUAGCGAGGGAGAUUUCAUGGAAUACACUGUGGAACGAGCGUCAUUGGAAAGCAUCUUUUUGAAAGUUGUUCGAGGCGCUGAACAGAAAGAAAGCCUGUUUCAGUUCAACAUUCCAAGUAACGCCCGUGCUUUUACUCCUCUCAGACGGACAGCAUCCCAAUAA